GCCGGGGCCGGGGCCGGGCAGAGCCGCGGGACCCGCCAUGGCCUUCGGGAGGAGCGUCAGGGACCCCCUGCACAGCGCCGUGGGCAGCCUCAUCGACGAGGCCACGUCGGGCGCGCUGCCGGGCGAGGAGUGGGGCCGCUUCGUGCACAUCUGCGACCACAUCAACGCCACGGCCGAGGGGCCUAAAGAUGCUAUAAAAGCAUUAAAGAAGAAGCUUUUCAAAAACUAUAACCAUAAGGAGAUUAGAUUUACCUUGUCUCUUCUUGACAUGUGUGUGCAGAACUGUGGCCCAAGCUUUCAGUCUUUGGUUGUGAAGAAAGACUUCUGCAAAGAGAGGCUUGUGAAGCUGCUGAAUCCAAGAUAUGCUCUGCCAGCUGAUACACAGGACAAAAUCUUGACCUUUAUCAUGACUUGGGCGCGUGGGUUUCAAGGAACCGUGGAUGUGAGCGAAGUAAAGGAAGUUUACCUGGAACUACUGAAGAAAGGAGUGCAGUUUCCGCGUCCUGACACCAACACAGAGACAAAAAAGGCUUUGUCUCAGUCCGUCACUAAGUCUUCACCACUUUCUUCUGCCUCAGUGAAAUGUUCCCUAAUGCCUCUUUCCACUGCCUCAACUAUACAGCUGACUCCUGAACAGAUUGGGAAGCUGAACAGCGAACUGGAUAUGACCAAAAUGAAUGUAAAAGUCAUGUCAUCGAUAUUAAAGGAAAAUGUUCCUGGUUCAGAAAAUCCUGAAGAUAUGAACCUUUUACAGAAACUAUACAAAACAUGUCGGAUGAUGCAGGAGAGGAUCAUGGAGCUGCUGGCAAUAGUUCAGAAUGAAGAUGUGAUAAUCGAAUUAAUUCACGUGAACGAAGACCUGAAUAAUGUCCUCCUGGGACAUGAAAGGUUCUCUCGUAACCGAGUGCGCUUCUUGGAGAAUCAAAGGAUACAAAGAGAGCACACAGAGCCAUCUGCUCCUUCUUGUGAUCUACUUGACCUUCAUUCCGGUUCUGUGCUCCCUGUGUCAGCACUGAUGCAAAAUGGUGCUGUUACUUCUCAGUCUUCAGGAUUGAAUUGCAGGUCUGCAAGUGCUCCGGAUCCGAACAACCCGCAUCCUAUGCUUUACCCUAAACUGGAUUUAGGAACAGCAAAUGCUCAACAGCUCUUGUUUGCAACAGACACACAAAGUAUAAGCCAAAGCAGCCCUGCUGUCCAUACGUAUGACAACCUUUUACAUCCAGUGCCCCUGCAUCUGGUGAACCUCCAAAAUGGCAAUGCCUUAUCACUAAAUGAAGCCUUGCCAGGUGCAACACCAGCAGAUGAAUCAAAGAGCAAGUCACAGCCACAGUACUAUGAGAUAAUGGAGUUUGAUCCUUUAGCACCAAGUGAUGCCACAGAAGCUAUUUACGAAGAAAUUGAUGCUUAUUUGUCCAAACCAGAAGUUAAAGAUUCCAAAUGCUGAGACAGGAAAUGAAGUUUUGUCCCAAACGUUUAUCUCUGAUGCCAGCUUCGGAGAUCUGUUUUCUAUCAGUGACAAGCGAAUGCAAGAUUGCAUUCUGAACAUAGCAACAAGUAUUGGGAUUUUAAGUGACAGAUAUGCUUUACUUGGAUAUACCAUCAACUCUUAUCUCUAACACUACACAAAGCCUUAAACCUUGAAGUGCUAAUUUUUCAAUGGGACUAUUCUGUGUGCGUGUGUUGGCAGAAUCAGGGUUUACACCUUUAUUUAAAACAUGCUUUCAAAACUUCCCUAUUUAAAAAUAAUAUACUCUGCCUCUGACUUUAGUAGAACACAAGCAGCCUUGUAACUGUAGACAGGAGUUCUGUGUCGCAUUAACCGCUGUCAUACUGCUUAGUUUUUAUGCAGUAAACAAAAAUGGAACUUUUAUCCAUUUACAGAUGUAUAAUUUAUCUUUAUUUAAUCUAACUUCUGACUUGUCAUUGUGCAAGUACUUUGAGCGAUACCAACCAGAAAAAGAAAACCCUGGAGAUUCUUCUGUAUUCAGAAUUCUCCUACUUCAGGCCUCUUGACUGUUAUGUGAAUACGUUCACUAUGCAAUGUUCAUUGCCUUUAUAUUUUAAAUCUAAAAUCGUAAUGAUGAUGAUUUGGUUUUUUAAACCAAAUCAGGUGAAGUGCCUGUUCUCAAAACAAAGGGAAACAAUAAACUUUCUUUCAACAAACAAAUUGCUGCAUGUUGUCUCAGUAGAGACUAAAUUAAACACCAAAUACUCUUUGCCAGGCUCGUCAAGAUAGGAACAGAUGCUUUAGGAUUGUUUGCAUCUUGGUCACCAUAUCCUCCCUUUGUAAUUUAAUGGGUCUUUUCAAAAACUGGAUAUAAACCAGCCCGUAGCAUUGAGUGGUUUUUGCCAGUGUUAUCCUGAAGAGAGGGGCGGGGAAGAGAGGAAUAAUCCAUAGGGAUGGAAAAGAACUACACAGAUCACAAAAAGAUGCUGUUUUCAUUAGCAGGGCUUAAGUGCCUAUAUUUCCAUGUUGAAUGUAAAAUUUGCACUUUGCUGAAAGAUGCAGCAUUUUUUUAAUUUAAAAUUAUGAUCUAAAAUAUGACAGCUUAGUUAAUUUGGUUGUAUGACUAGCAAGUGAAAUGAUAGCCUUAUUUAAAUGGUGUGUUUUACAUUUUGAGUAUUUUAAUUUCAUAAAUGUAAGCAAUAUUAAAUUACAUUAAGUUCUCAA